AUGUCUCGAUACAACGAAUUUCGUCGCUCCACUGGAGUGCUCGAGACAGAGCCUGACCGCUGGGAUCCGGAUCGUUUUGCUCGUGAGCGACGGGAACGCCAUCAUUCCCGUGGCCCGCCAGUUCUCGAUCGACCCCGCCGGGUAGAGGAUGAACGAUUUGAAUAUCGCCUACAGGAACAUGACCGGUACGGCCCUCCUGCACGUCGCCCCGGCAGGCAGUAUGAGGACGACCACCUCAUUCACCCGUCCGGACCGCUGGUGGCCUAUGACCGUUCACGCGCAGACAGCCCUCCUCCCCGUCCCCGUCUCCUACGACGGCAAUCUUCCUUAGAUACGUUUGACCGAAUCCCCUCGCGCAAGUUAGAUGAGUACUACUAUCGCCCGGCCGCCACAAGGGCAGCCCCCAGCCCUCCACCGGUGCGGAGACGAUCCUUUCGACGCUCGCGCGAGCCAGACUACUACGAGGAGAUCCGCAUCGCAGAACCGGAUUAUUACGGUGACGAGGAGUAUCGCGGUUUCCGGGAACGAAGUCGCGCUUCAGCGCACCCACGUCGGUCGGGCAGUCAUUUCCGCGAGCGCGUAGUUGAAGAGAAGGUUGAAAUUGACAAACCGUAUCCUCGUAAAGGCAAGACCAGGGUCCCCCGAAAGUUAAUUCAUACCCAUGCAAUUCAUGAGCUUGGAUACCCUUUUGAGGAAGAGGGUGACAUGGUCAUUAUCAAACUUGCGCUUUCCAAGGAACAAAUUGACGAAGUGAUCAGUCGAAGUCGCACGAUCAAGCGCCGGACUGAAAGCAAUCUCCCAGCUCGGAUCAUCCACACCUCGCCGUCCCCCGUACGGGAAAAGACAAAAGACAGGACAGUAGAACGAGUCGCCAUGGAGGCCUAUUCGCCCCGGACGAGCUACAACACCCUGAUUGUUGAGCCGUCGCCCUCGCGGCACCGAUCACGAACGCGUCAAUACGAUAUCUCGGAGCGGAAAGUGACGAGAGCUGUCUCCCGUGCGCGGUCGAUUUCGGUCCAUGGUCGCCGCCGUGGUCGGUCAUCACCCGUGCGCAUGGUCGAGCCCUUUGAGUCCAGCAGCUCUCAUGCAGGCCCGCUCAUCGUAGUGCGUCCCCGAGACAGCGACGAAGAUAUCCGUGAAUACAUGCCAUUGGCGCGACGAAGCGGUGAAGUGACUCGGAAAACGGAGUUGCUGACCGAUGGCGACUAUGAAGAGGUGAUUGAGACGAAGAGAGAUCGUAAAGGCCCCAAUCCUCGGAUCCUCCGUGCGAUGAUGGCAACCCUGACCUAA